CCUUUGCGACGAGGGGAUGUGUCCAUCACAGAUGACCCCAGCCAGCAUGUCUUCACUGUGACCAUGCAGAACCUACAGACUCAGGACACAGGGGAGUAUGUGUGUGCUGUGGACAAUGGAAGAAACAAUGGAAGCCUCUCUGUCACUGACUGCUUCCCAGAUGUGUCGGUGAGGAGCAACAUGGUGUCUGGUAAGGAGGGGAACAGCACCACAGCCGAGUGUCUCUACAGUGACAUCAUGGAUGACAGUGAGAAGAUGUGGUGUUGGAACGGGAAACCUGCAGAGAACUGGAGCUCCUGCUUGACUGUAGAGGGAGAGCGGGCGUCUCAGGACCGCAUGGAUUUGAUCAUCAAUACAUGGAGUCGUACCUUCACUGUGACGAUGAGACAUCUGGAGAUGAACGAUAACGACUGGUACUGGUGCAUAGCAGGAGACAAGCAGAUCCCGGUGUACAUCUCAGUCCUCAAUGCAUCUAACGCAUCAAUAUCUCCUCCAACCAUGAAUCUGAUUACUUUCCCUUUGGUCUUGACUCUGAGAGCAACGGAGGAUGAUAACUCAAGGGAGAGGUGA